AUCGGGGUACGGCGGAGUGUAUCUGGAUUAUUGUCACUUUUACAUUGCGUUUGAAUCUAAAGGAUUUGUUUGGCCGCUAUAUACACUUUUUGUUGUUGCUGUGCCGACUUUUCCUAAACCGACGUGUAUGGAUGUAUCAUGGCUACGUUUGCAUGCAGGGUGCAGUUCUUAGAUGAUACUGAUCCAUUCAAUAGCACCAAUUUUCCGGAGCCGACCAGACCCCCGUAUUUCACAUUCAGAGAGGAUAUUCCGCUCAUCAAUCAGAUCGCUGGAGUUCACAGACUUUUGAAAGCACCACACAAGCUCGAUGACUGUGCUUUACAGUUGUCUCAUAAUGGCAGUUAUCUGGACCUGGAAUCCACCUUGGCCGAGCAGAGAGAUGAACUUGAAGGCUUUCAGGAGGAUGGAGGGAGGGGAAAGAAACACAGUAUAGUGCUGAGAACACAGCUGUCUGUCAGAGUUCAUGCCUGCAUAGAAAAGCUCUACAACUCGACCGGACGUGAGUUACGAAGAGCGCUCUUCUCUCUUAAGCAAAUCUUUCAGGAUGAUAAAGAUCUUGUACAUGAGUUUGUGAUGGCUGAGGGGCUCACGUGUCUUAUUAAAGUGGGAGCCGAGGCUGACCAAAACUACCAGAACUACAUCCUUAGAGUCCUGAGGGAGCUUUUCCCUUAUAACCCCAUCACAGUUGCUGAGCCCAUGGGGGUCCCACGACCAUCUGCUCUCCUCCAGAGCAGCAGGUCAGCACAGAUAAACCUAAGAAGAGGAUGGAGGAAGAAAAGGGAGGUGGAGGCUUUUUCAUGCAGUAGUCCAGACAGGCUGCUCAGCUCUGGUUCCAGGAGGAAAUCUCCUAGACUAGGACGACAACAGCAACAGAACCUGACACCAUGUACUCAUAAGGAUCUCCCAGGAGAAGUGGAGGAUACUUUCCAUAUGCACUAA